AUUCCCUCGCCGAGUUUGGUCCUGGAGCGGAAAUAACAAAAUGGGAAGAAAGACAAACACGGUUAGAAUUUCUAAGCGUCUGAAACGUGUGGAAGAGAAGAGCCUUUUGCGAGAAUUGAAGCGUUUCUUGAGAAGAACAGUUAGUGUGAAGAAACUGGUGCUUGUGGCUGCAUUUCAAGUGGUCCUGGUGGCAUUGUUUAGAGUGUUAGUUGGUCGCAGUUGGCUUCAAAGAGAUGUGAUGGAUUCCUUGAACAGACUCCAUCACUCUCCAGACCUGGAUGAGAAGAUGAGGAAAAUGAGGGCCACAGGGGAGACUCCAGAAAUGGAUGACAUCAUCACAAAUAAGCAUCAGGCUGUGGUGAGAUUGAAUGAUGCCCCGACAAGAGGAUUUGAAGACUUUGUUGGGUCAAGGCCGGCCACGCUGAGAUUUUUCAGCAAUUUGUACACCGAGUUGUUGGUGGAGGAUGCAGCAGAAACAUUCUUGGCCCUGGACAAACAUCAGACGACUUUGCUGACCUGGGAUCACUGCUGCUGCGGAUACAGACACUAUUCCUAUUGUUGGGAAUUCACAGCAGAAGACUCAGUGAGGAAAUUGGAUCUCAGUGUUUUCACCCCAGGGGAGAAUAAUCGUGAGAAAAAUAGUGAUCACAGAGAUGGAAUAGGUAAUUAUUUGACUAGAAGAAAAAUGCUUCCAUCUGAAGACUACUUCAUGUUUGAGUUUGACUUCCCCUGGGCCAUGUGGGAGACAGUGCAGAGGUUUUAUCCGUAUGGCACUUCAAAGGAACCACCAUCUCACUCAUUUUUAGCCAUCAUAACUGCUCUUCAUUAUUGCGACCACGUGUCCGCCUAUGAAUUUAUCCCGUCGGACAAGAAUCCCACAAAUUCACAUGAUUUCUACUAUGAGUCUGCCCUCAACCAAAGGCUGGAGAAGAAGCUGCUGAAGCCGGUGUCACAGGGGCGUGUGAACUCUGGGCCAAACGGGUCGUCUUCACUAAGGGCAGAAUUUCAUCUGAAGCUGGAAGAAAUGGCUGUGUUGUUCCUGCUUAAUGAGGCAAAUGUUGAAAGAGUGUUUGUGGACGGUGUGGCGGAAUUCAGGGGAUUGAGGGAUAAAUCCAUUGAGUGCCCUUGAAUUUUUAUGUGUUGUAAAAGAAUUCCAUAUAUACAGAAAUUUUUUUGUUAUACUGUAUCACUUUUUGUGUACCAGGUGACUUUUUAAAUUCCCUCCAAAGUUUCCAAGCAGAGCACAUCAUUUGUUGGAAAAUAAAAAUAAGAAAGAGGAAGUAAUGACCAAAUGA